AAGUCACUGUUCUCUCUUUAGUGUCACCACUAAACUUAAGAGCCAUGGAUGACAACCUAGAUUUCACCACUGGAGAUGCUGGGGCGUCUACCACCUAUCCGAUGCAAUGUUCCGCUUUGCGCAAGAAUGGAUUUGUGAUUCUGAAAGGGCGUCCCUGCAAAAUUGUUGAAAUGUCUACAUCCAAGACUGGCAAGCAUGGGCAUGCCAAGGUGCACAUGGUUGGUAUUGAUAUAUUCACUGCAAAGAAAUAUGAAGAUAUCUGUCCCUCUACCCAUAACGUUAGUGUCCCCAGAGUCACAAGGAAUGAUUAUCAGUUGAUUGGAAUUAUAGAUGGCUACCUGUCUCUGAUGACAGAUAAUGGUGAUGUACGUGAGGAUCUGAAACUAGCAGAAGGUGAUCUGGGAAAAGAAAUAAUGCAGAGAUUUGAAGCUUCUGAAGACAUAAUGAUCACAGUUCUGAGUGCAAUGAAUGAAGAGGCUGCUGUUGGCAUCAAGCAUAUGACCAAACAGUAAACAGGGAUCAAGAGACCAGACCUGACCACUCAGGCCAAAACCUUGGAUCUUAAUUAGGUUAACUAUCGCCAAAGUAAUGGCCUUCACACCACGACCUCAUUUCCUUCGAAUUUUUUUUUCCAAAUGGCACCAGACUGGACUUGACCUUGCUGUCCAAUUAGCUGGUCAAGUUGUUGCUGCGGGCUGAUUGGCUUUGUACUAAAUCAUGGGUGUUGGUGCUCCCAAAUAAAAGUAUGGUGAUGUAACAUUCGCUGCCGUUGAUCCUAUUUUUGUUUGUAGAAAUGGCAUUUAGUGUGAAUUUCAAAAGCUGCCUGCCCAGUGAGUGGUUUGAUGUCCAACCUCAUUGCUUAAUGAGCGUUGCCUACACAAUACACUUAGCAGCCAUGAGCAACUAUUACCUCUGUUACACUCCUGCUAAGUUUUUUAAAAAAAAUCUGUUGCACCAGGUGUUGGGAAAUUCUACUAAUACAAUUUUGGUGCUUGUCCUGGGCAGAUGGGGCAAUUUUUCCAAAUACUUCAUUAUAAAAGAAGUCUAUAUAAAUCUGGAGACUGUAUUAUGCUGCAAAAUUUCACUUGAGGUCUCAAGACUGACUAAAAAUUGUUAUAUUCAAUUGCUUAUUACUUUCAUUGUAUUUAUCAUGCAGUAGGAUUAAAAUAUGUGAAUCAUUUCCUGGAACUUGUCUUUGAGGUGCGUUUUGUGUUGUAUUUGUCAGACACAAAUUCUUGAAAGAUGAUUUUGUUAAACCCUUUUGUGGAAGGGACGGGCUGCUGUGUAUGGAAAUCUCAUUACUUGCUUGUAGCUAUCAUACUCACCCACUCAUUUACUCCAGUAUCAAACUAGAUCAGACUGCCAAGUUCAAUGCAUCACUCGCUGGUGUGACAUUUUUAAAAAGUGCAUGUGGUGAGAGUUGAACUUUAUCCCUGAAAACUACUUUAAUUUUGCUGAUUUUGACCUGUACACAUUUUAACAGGACACAGAAUGGAUUUCACAGAAGUUCCCAAAAGGCUUAUUUUCUGUGUCCUCUUCCUGCUUGUCUUCUCCACCCCUUGCUCCCCAAUCCCCGACCCUUUCCUGUGAUGUGGGAGUAUUACUGGGUUCCAUCUUUUCUGACUACUCAUUGCCUAUUGGCUGACUUUCUUUGUGCUACCUGUAUGUAAUUUAACAAAUACUGUUUUGUGGGGCUGCUGAUCUAUGUAGUUUGUAUUUGACCACUUGGUUGUUUGAAAUCCAUUUCAAAAAGUGUAAUAGAAAUACUCUGGGUUGAUGUAUGGCUAUGAAAUAAUAUUUUCAGUUAUUUGUCUUUCCAAAUCCAAGAUUUGUGUUCUUUUUUAAGUUUUACAUCUUGGUACAGAAAUGGUUGCAAUUGGUUGGGCUUUCACCCAAUCCUUUUACAGCAGGUUGCUUGAAAUUAGAGGACAGUCGCUUUGAGAAUGAUUUACUAGGUAGCAAAUUGGGUGCUUUUCUCACAGCCACCCAGGUUUGAGUUCAGCUUAUGUGUGAAAGUUACUUGUGGAGCAAGGUAAGACUGAUAAGGAGGAAGUGUAAAGCAACUACUCACAGAGUGUAGAUUUGCAGUAUUAAACAGCUUGUAAUAAAGUGACAGUAUUGUUUAAGGAUUGGUAUUGGGAAUGCCACAUUUUUGCAGUAAAUGAGCUGCAAUCUCCUUCUGGAAUUGAAUAGGCCAGCACAGAUGCCAGCUGUCUGAAAGAGCUACCAGUUAAUCCAACUAUCAAUGUUUAUCUUGAGCGCUGCAAUUUGGUCCUCCUUUCAAGUAUUACUCCAGUAUGUUCUUGACAAUUAUUCUUGCAUCUAUUUCCAUUCCAUGGUCACAAAUUCCAAUAGGAACUUAAUAUAACCAUUUCUUCUCUCAACCUUGCUUUGCUAUUUGCCAAUUACCAUAAAUCUGUCAUCUUGUUACAUAGCCCUGCCAGUGAAAUAUUUUCAUUUAGGAUAUCCAAAUUCCUCGUUAGUUUUGGGAACAGCUAUUACAUCGCCCCAUAAUUCUUUCUUAAUAGAGAACAAUCGCAGCUUGUCUGGUGUUCUUUGUUGUGGGGGGUAGAAGUAGCAAAGUGGAAUUGUUUCAUUCAUUCUUCCCCCAUUGCGUGGAAAAUUUUGUUUUACAAGGGGAUUGUUGAGUGAUUGUUAGCAUCCUCGCAAACCACUACUAUUUGAUUUUGUAACUAUAGUAAAUAGUGCUUCACUGAGAAUGAAUGGAGUCCUUCUCCGGCCAUUUGAUGCAUUGAGCUGGGCAUAGAUACUCAAGAUUUGAUUUCAAAAGAUUUAAAUCUGCGUGCACAAAUCAAAUAGUUGACUAAAAUGCAAUUGUCAAGUUAUUUUAAUGUAAUAUAUUACACUUUUGAUUUGCGUAUAUUUAAAUGCAUGAUAAAUCUUAUUGAAAGUUUUGUAAUGCAAUUAAAACUUAUUUUGCUUUAGAAAUCAAAUUCAGAAUGGACAUUUCUGUCAGCUUCCUGAAAUUGUUACAAAUAAAGAGCAUCCUUGAUAUUUUAUUCACAGUAUAUGUACUUCACUAAUUCUUGCCAAUUUAAGAUCGCAUUGGUCUCCUUUGAAGUAAGUAUCAGUGUGCUUGCUGCAUAAAUUGAGCAGCAGAUGAGUCAGGCUACUAAUUUUACCUGGUUUUUUUAUUUGCAACUAAUAAGGGCUCAAAUAGUAAAAGCUGUAUCAAAAGAUGUUUAAACUGAAUGCCUGUGAUGCCAUUUAUAAAGCAAUGCUAAUGCAAAUUUGAGUUUUGCACAAAACUUGUAAACUUCGAUUAAAACCUGUUCAGAUAA